AUGUCUCGGUGUUACCCGUUCCCGCCACCUGGAUAUGUAGAGAGAGAAAUCAUCCGGGAUGAGCCCAUGAUCGAAUCAUCAUCGAUCAAGGGGGCAAAGGAGGAAGUUAAGAGAGCAAAGAACGAUAGAAAACACAAGAAAGAUAAAAAGAGGAAGGAGAGGGAAAGUGAGUCGGAUAUAAGCAAAAAACACCGUCGUCAUAAGAGUCAGCGCAAAGAUGAACACGGCGUCAAUGGUAAUAAGAAGGUUGAUGAUGGUAGUAGUGAGGCCGAGUUCUUGGAUAAGAGCUGUCUUACAGUGGAACUUGAGCACCAAUCAACGUCUCAGAACUCUUGUGAUAGUACUCUUCAUAGCAAUGAGAGUCAGACUCAGCUACUCGAUUGUAGACAUUACGACUCUGAAUCCGGCAUUCGGUUCCUGUUACCUAGCAAAGAGGAUCAAGAUCCUGAGGUGAUGAUGAUGACCAACAAGGAUAACAACAAACUGAGCUCUUCUCAGGCUGAUCAUAGUGGUUCUGUUGGUAAAGAGAAGAGAAGAGAAAACACAACAAAACUCAGUAAAGAGAGGAGAGCAUCAUCUGUAUGUAGUCAUCCUAAGGAAGAGAAACCGUCCUCUAGUCAUCAAGAGACCAUCACAUCUUCAAAGCUAUGCAGAAAAUGCCCUCCUUCCACGGCCGUGCGGUUCUUGAAUCUCAUCGAGAACUGGGCGCCUGAUCUGGUGGAGAGCAAGCUCACAACAGACUCUGAAGAUCAAGAAUGGUGGUUGCUGGUGAAGUUUGGCGCCGAAAGACAUCAUCAAGUUAGCAAUCAGACGACCAUCAAGGGAAGUGGUUCGAUGGUUUGGCCAACUGCUAGGUUUCUUCCGGAAGUUGAACUGCACGCAUUGCCAUUCACCGUCCCGUUCUGA